AUGGGUCAUUUAAUCACUCUUGCUACCUCGUUGAAUCAAUGGGCACUCGACUUUCAGGGAAACUAUGAACGGAUUCUCGCCAGCAUUACGAUUUCCAAGGAGCGAGGAGCUACCCUGAGGGUUGGCCCAGAGCUGGAGAUCCCCGGAUAUGGAUGCCUCGAUCAUUUCCUAGAAGGUGACACUGUUCUCCAUUCCUGGGAGGUUCUCGCGAAGAUUUUGACUUCCGAUGCAACGAUGGGCAUUGUUUGCGAUAUCGGAAUGCCUGUUGUUCAUAAGAACGUAAUUUAUAACUGCCGAAUCAUCGUUCAUGACUGCAAAAUUCUUCUCAUUCGGCCAAAGAUGUGGCUGGCAAACGAUGGUAACUACCGCGAGCUACGAUAUUUUACCCCGUGGGCAAAGCAUAGACAAUGGGAAGAUUAUUAUUUGCCGAGAAUAAUACAAGCAGUUACCAAACAGACCAAAGUUCCGUUUGGCGAUGCAGUCAUCAGCACAAUGGAUACAUGUAUUGGCGUAGAGCUAUGCGAGGAGUUAUUUACACCUGCGAGCCCACACAUACUCAUGGGUCUCGAUGGCGUUGAGAUAUUUACCAACUCAAGUGGCAGUCACCAUGAAUUACGGAAGCUGUACACUCGAGUUGAAUUAAUCAAAGAGGCAACACUCAAACUCGGGGGUAUUUAUUUGUAUGCUAACCAACAGGGAUGUGAUGGAGACCGUCUGUACUACGACGGCUGUGCCAUGAUUGCAGUCAAUGGGAGGGUCAUCGCACAGGGCUCACAAUUUUCCUUGACUGACGUAGAAGUCGUCACCGCCACAGUUGAUAUCGAGGACGUCCGGGCUCAUCGAGCGAAAAGCAGCAGAAGCAUGCAAGCCGCAUCGUCUGAGAGAUACUACAGGGUCGAAGUUCCAUUUGCGUUGACCAAUGGAAAGUUCGAUGAGGUGCGCGAAGAAGAUUUGGUAGGCCUAAUCGGCACCAAAUCCAUCGACGUCAGAUACCACGCGCCCGAGGAAGAAAUCGCUCUAGGUCCAGCAUGCUGGCUCUGGGACUAUCUUCGACGAUCCCGAACUCAGGGAUAUUUUAUACCAUUAAGCGGUGGCAUUGACAGCUGUGCAACUGCGGUCAUCGUAUAUUCCAUGUGCCGCCUUGUUUCAGAGGCCGCGCUUCGGGGAGAGCAGCAAGUCAUCGCUGAUGCGAGGCGAAUGACUGGGGAGCCGGAUUCCUCCUACAUUCCUUCCGAUCCCAGGGAAUUUGCGAACAGGAUUUUUCAUACAUGCUACAUGGGUACAGAAAAUUCCAGCCUGGAAACUCGUAGGCGAGCGAAGCAAUUGUCAGAGGCGAUCGGAAGUUAUCAUGUUGAUUUAAAUAUGGAUUCGGUUGUAACUGCUGUCCGUAGUCUUUUUGGAUAUGUGACUGGCUUUAGGCCCCAAUUUCGCAGUCAGGGAGGCUCCAACGCAGAGAAUCUUGCCCUGCAGAAUAUACAGGCCAGACUCCGAAUGGUUCUAGCCUACAUGUUUGCCCAGCUUCUGCCCUGGGUGCGGGGGAAAUCUGGCGGUUUGCUUGUUCUCGGAAGUGCCAAUGUCGAUGAAAGUCUUCGCGGAUACCUUACGAAAUACGACUGCUCCUCGGCGGAUAUCAACCCUAUUGGCGGCAUCAGCAAGACUGAUCUGAAAAGAUUCAUCGCGUACGCGAAAGACGCCUUCGACCUUCCGAUCUUGACAAGCUUCUUAGAGGCAGUCCCGACGGCCGAGCUAGAACCUAUCACCGAAACAUAUGUGCAAUCCGAUGAGGCUGACAUGGGCAUGACGUACGACGAAUUAUCGGUAUUUGGGCGGCUUCGCAAAGUCGAGAAAUGCGGACCAUACAGCACUUUUACGAAGCUUGUUCAUGAGUGGGGCGCUUUCUUGUCACCAGUGCAGAUCGCUGAGAAAGUAAAACUCUUUUUUUUCGAGCAUGCUAAAAACCGCCAUAAGAUGACAACAUUAACUCCCUCAUACCAUGCGGAAUCUUACAGCCCUGACGACAACAGAUUUGACCUACGACCUUUCCUAUACCCCUCCCGCUUCCCUUGGCAAUUCAAGAAGAUCGACGAGGUGGCAGCAGUUUUGCCAGACAGAAGCACUGUUAGUGUGGUCGACAAGACAAAGACAGAAUAA